AUGGGAUAAAGAGAAUAUAAUGAAUUGAAGGAGCAUCAAUCUUUAAAUUUCCUUCAAUAGCUUUUCAGUUUUCCUUGCUUUUAAUGCUUAUUAGAAAAUGUAAAUUCUUCAAAUUUAGCUCUAUUUGUGAAAUAUAUAUUUUUGUAAAAAAACAAUUUAUCUGAAAAGAUAGAUAAACUUUUAAUUGGAAAGAUGUAGAUAAUGUAAUUCUCAUUUGUGCUUGGGGACAUCCUGGGGGAGGACGAUCUAAACUAACAGUAAGAUAUACUCGUCAUUUUGCAUGAUUAAGUAAUCCAAAUUCUAGUGAUGAAACUCUAUUAUGGAUAUUUAGCACUAUUUCUAAAGUUUUCUAAAAAAAUGAUAAUUUGAAAAGUGAAAUAGUUUAUUUGAGUGAAAAUUAUUCUAUUGCUAAUUCAACUCUUUAAAUGUAUUAAGAAAUUUAAAAAGCAUUAUUACCUAUUCCAGAGAAAUCUCAUUAUGUCUUCAAACUUAGAAUGUAAGUAAAAUAUAUCAAGGAAUUUUAUAAGCUAAACUUAUUUAUUAUCAGAAACCUGAAUAAAUGGUAACGAAUAGGUUAAUAAAUUUAUAAGAUUAUGGUUUAAAGAGAAUUAGUUUUAAAAUUGAAUAUUAAGUAAGUGGAUAUAUCACCACCUUUUAUUUUUGAUGGUUUUUAGAAAAGAGCUGAAUUAUCUGAUUGUUUUUAUGAAGCAGUUAGAGAUUGCAAUGAAUUAAUCAAGACCAUUAAUGAAUAUAUGAUGGAAUGUACAAAAUGGGUUUAGUUUUAUUGA